AUGAAUCCAAGAGCCAUCGCUUCACCCCUUCGAUCACUUCGAUCUUCAAUCCCCCUUCGACCGCCCAUGGUAGCAGGUCGAGUAACGCUCAACCGAUUGGCGAGACCUUAUUCUGAAUCAGCAGGAGGCAAGAAGGAGGAGUCUUUUCAUGCUGAAGAAGAUAAGAGGAUAACAGAAUUGGAGAAUGCAAAGAAGGAGAGUGACAAGAGGGCCAAAGACUUGGAAGAGCAAUUGAAGGAUCUCAAGAAAGAAGUUCAAUACGCAAGAGCAGAUUACCAAACGGCAAUUCGACGAGCAGAAGAGGAACGUAAAAAAGCAUCCGAUUUCGCUAUAGCAGGAUUCGCUCGAGCUUUAUUAGGCACAGUUGAUGUAUUGCAGAAAGCAUUGAAAUCAGUACCACAACCAAUCGAUAACACACAUUUACAACAAUUGUUUGACGGUGUCGGUUUAACUCAAUCGACAAUGAUCAAAACUUUAGAAUCACAUGGAAUGAAAAGAUUAGAAAACUUGAAAGGAGAAGUAUUUGAUCCAAAUUUACAUGAAGCUGAGUUCAUGAUUCCAAAAGAAGCUGCUCCACCAAAGAAAGAUGGUACACCUCAUAAUCCAGGUGAAAUCAUGGAAGUUAAUUCCGAAGGUUGGAUGAUUGGAAAUAGAGUACUUAGACCCGCUAAAGUUGGUGUCGUACAACCAGAGUAG